AUGUCUACCAAAACACGGUCGUCGCAAACAGGCGAGACGGCAGUGUCGUCAGGAACUUCAACACCUGCGACUCUCGAAAAGUCCAACAAAGAUGUUUCACCUUCACACGAAACCCCGGUUGUGGGGGAUAGGGAAAAGGAAGAGAGGGGAUCUGGCGUUGACGAUGCGCCAACCGAUAAGCCAAGCACUGGAGGUUUCACUUUCCUCAUGACCGUCACGGCUUUGGCUAUGAGCAUGUUUCUGGUUUCUUUAGAUAUGACCAUUGUCGCAACUGCAAUCCCGAAGAUAACAGACGAGUUUGGUGGUAUCGAAGAUGAGGCCUGGUACGGAUCGGCGUUCUUCAUUACUUUGGGGAGCUUUCAAGCUGCGUGGGGGAAAGCGUACAAGUACUUUCCGCUAAAGAUAUCCUUCCUAUUAUCUAUUCUUCUCUUUGAGAUUGGAAGUUUAAUCUGCGGUGUCGCACCGAAUAGCAUUGCGCUCUGUAUCGGACGAGCUAUCACCGGCGUCGGAGGCGCUGGGAUUUCUUCGGGUGCAUUUACCAUCAUCGCGUUAUCCGCACCACCCAAACAGCGACCAGCAUAUAUUGGAAUACUGGGUGCCUCAUAUGGAGUUGCUGCAGCUAUUGGGCCUCUCGUUGGCGGUGCAUUCACGACCAAUAUUACCUGGCGGUGGUGUUUUUAUAUCAAUCUACCCAUUGGCGGUUUGGCAGGCGGGAUCAUCCUAUUCUUCUACCGACCUCCUCCUCCGUUGCCCUUCCUGGAUACGCCACUUACAGAGAAGUUACUCCAAAUGGACUUACCUGGUACUUUGAUCCUUGUUUCGGCUCUAGUCUGCUAUGUCCUUGCCCUCCAGUGGGGUGGGGUUUCGCUGUCGUGGGGUGAUUCUAAAGUUGUCGGGACUUUAGUUGGAUUUGGUGUGCUGUUGGUUGUCUAUGCCAUUGUGCAAAGGGCUCAGAAGGAACGUGCUGCAAUGAUUGGCCGACUGUUCCGUCGAAAUGUAGUGAUCAUGAUGAUCUACAUUGACCUGCUAGCGGGAACCUUUUUCUUGCUGGUAUACUACUUGCCGAUCUACUUCCAGGUGGUGUCGGGUGUCUCUGCUGCCCAGAGCGGAAUCCGAAACCUGCCUUUGAUUCUUGCCCAGAGUGCUUCGACGGUCAUAUCUGGUGUGACCCUUAGCAAGUUUGGAUACCCCCAGCCUUUUCUCCUAGUUGGGGGAGUACUCACUGCGGUUGGGUCGGGCCUGUUGUACACGCUUGAAGUUAAUACCGGCUCUGGGAAAUGGAUUGGCUACCAGCUGUUGGCUGGUAUUGGUAUUGGAUGGUGCUUCCAGGUUCCUUUGGUGACGGCUCAGGCGUCUGUUGCGCCGGAGGAUUUGCCGUCUGUGACGGCCAUGGUAUUGACUGUGCAAACCCUUGGGGGAUCUGUCUUCGUUUCAGCCGGCCAGUCAGCGAUGGUCAAUGUUCUUCUCAAAAACCUCCGGAGUGAGACUUCAACCAUAGACGCCGUCAAGGUCGCGAUGACAGGUGCAACGGAGCUACGCCAGAAGUUCUCUUCCACCCAGAUGCCGUUCAUACUGACCUCCUAUAUGGAAGGCCUCCAAGCGACAUUCCUUGUGGCUGUUAUCGCGUCCAGCGUGGCUACCGUGGUUUGUUUAGCGACUCGGUGGGUUAAAUUCUCGGGUCAAACUACUGCUGCUGCCGCCGCCUGA